AUGUCACAAACUUUAUUCAGGAUUGAUCGUGUUGGGCCAUGGCCCACUGGCCUCCCCUGUAGUUACGCCUAUGCAGCGAAGGGCGAGGGUGCAGUGGAGAAGAGCACUGCAUUUGACUGGUUCAGAAAAUUCAAUAACGGCGACACGAAUCUCGAAGAUCAGUCCCGCUCCGGACGACCAUUCUCUAUUGAUCCAGAGGCGCUGCGCCAAGCCGUCGAAGCCGAUACAGUCACAAGUACGCGUAAAUUGUCGACCGAGCUCGGAACAUCAAACUCCACAAUAUAUGAACAUCUUCAUCGUCUGGGCAAGGUCAGCAGAAGCUGUCAAAAUGGACCGCAAGAAUUGACACCAGAACAAGUUCAGCAUCGCGUUAACGUCUGCAAAGAAUUGCUCGCCAAUCCUCGGGACGAACGUUUCAUCAAACGAAUUGUUACCUGCGAUGAAAAGUGGGUCUAUUUCAACAGUCCAAACAAACAAAACCAAUGGAUCAAUCGAGAUGAAGCGGCACUUCCGGUCCCGAUAAGAGGUCGUUUCGAAAACAAGGUGUGCGUUUAG